UUAAUAUUUUUAGGUUUCAGACUGUCAUUUAAUAAAGCUUUGUAAUGGCAGUCAUAAUGUGCUGUGUUUUGGAGUCAAAAUGUUAUAUAAAGAGAAGCGAAUAUGAUCCCUAUAAAGUUAAAGCAUGUGAUUUUUCUAUUUUAAUUCUAACUAACCAUAUGACAUUUCCGAAGGUCAUUUAAUUUCUCACUGUCUUACAUUGGGGAAGGUAAAACAAUAGCCUAUAUUUUCCCUUGCCCCGCUUCUAAAAUCGAAGUGAGAUUCAAACUGACAACAUAGGUAAAAACCCUUUGUAGUUUGCCCUUUAACAUGACAUUGGCUAUGACAUGUGUUUAAGGCAAUUAUUAUUUAUUGACCGCACUCAGUAUCCUCUAACAAAAGGAAUAUUUGGAACAUCAUUACAAUUAAUGAGGGCACCAUGUCUACUCCCCAAAGAGGUGCAUUCUGACUUAUAGAGCAAUAAUUAAAAAAAUUCAGCGAACUACCAAAUGCAAAUAAAGGAAUUAUCCAGCGGUGUUUGCCUUUCAGCUCCCCUAGAAGCUUUAGAGUAAUACCCGCAUGUUUCUGUUACAUAACACUGGGUCUUCACCUACGGAACAAUUCUAAAAUUUCUGUCCUACCAGACCCCAGAUAACCCUGUAUGCUCACAAGCCUUAGGUUCACGCGCAACGCUCUUAACAGAGUGACCACAACUUAAUGAGCAAAACUAGCUCAGGCCACAAGCGCUCAAAGGGUAGGACUCAAGGCUCUCUCGGUCCACAAGGAUAUGCUGCAUUAUUUGGUUCCCCUUUUUGAGGAGGUGUCGUUUUAAACUUAGAAGCUCCUGAGCAGAUAGAGACGAUGUCUCUGAAAGCCAGAAACUGUUGCCAUAGCAUUUUCCUUCUCUGUUUCUGCCUACCCCCUUUCUCCAAAGCAGGAACAGUCUGAGCUCUGUCGCUUUCUUUCAGGAGCAGACAUCUCUCCAGGAUCCAGGGUUCCAGUGGUGUUCCAUCUUCACUAAGUACUGACUGUACCUGGUGGGAGGGCUUAGUAAGUCCGAGGGUGGCAUUAAGUUUCCUAGGACAGACUCAUCUUUGCGGAUACCACUGCAGAAUAGAAAACAGACCUAGGGAGACAUUUCCUCCCACACACCAUCCCAAUCCCAUUGGCCCUCUAGACAGCCAAAUUACAAGUCCUGGAACACAACCUCGUCAUUUUCAGCACCCUAGGCGUGGACAGGCUCCUGCUUCUUGGGCGCUUCCUCUGCAGUGUGCCGCGCGAGAGCCACAGCGCCUGGUGCAGCACGCGACUGGACCUCUAGCGCUCCUUCCUCCCAGUCCGUACUCCUUCCCCCCUCCCUUAGCUCACUCUACCGGCCACUUUGAGGGAUUUCCUCCUGGGGCUGCCUUUGCAGCAGCAACACGUCUGCCUGGUUGGCGGCAACUGCGAGCAUGCAUCUCCUAGGAAAAGCCCUUCUCAGCGGAGACAGACUUCGGAUUCUCCUGAUGCUCUUCCAUGCAAUGGCCCAAACCGUGGCAGAACAAGAAGUGGAAAAUCUUUCGGGCCUUUCCACGAGCCCUGGGAAAGACAUAUUUGUGGUGCGGGAAAAUGGGACAACGUGUCUCAUGGCAGAGUUUGCAGCCAAAUUUAUUGUACCUUAUGAUGUGUGGGCCAACAAUUACGUGGACCUGAUCACAGAGCAGGCUGAGAUCGCCUUGACCCGGGGAGCUGAGGUGAAUGGCCGCUGUGGCCACAACGAAUCGGAGCUGCAGGUGUUCUGGGUAGAUCGCGCCUACACACUCAAAAUGCUAUUUGUAAAGGAAAGUCACAACACUUCCAAAGGAUCAGAGGCGACUUGGAGGCUGAGCAAGGUGCAGUUUGUCUAUGACACCUUAGAGAAAACUCACUUUAAAGACCCAGUGAGUGCUGGAAAGCACACAGCCAACUCCCAUCACCUCGCUGCCUUGGUAACCCCAGCUGGGAUGUCCUAUGAAUGUCAGGCUCAGCAGUCCAUUUCUCUGGCCUCCAGUGAUCCUCAGAAAACAGUCACUAUGAUUCUGUCCGCAGUACACAUCCAACCCUUUGACAUCAUCUCUGAUUUCGUCUUCAGUGAAGAGCACAAAUGUCCAGUGGAUGAGCGAGAGCAGCUGGAAGAGACCUUGCCCCUGAUUCUGGGUCUCAUCUUGGGCCUUGUCAUUGUGAUAACUCUUGUGAUUUACCACAUCCACCAUAAAAUGACUGCCAACCAAGUGCAGAUCCCCAGAGACCGAUCCCAGUAUAAGCACAUGGGCUAAGGACCCUUAGGCAGACAGCCUCCACGUCCAGCCCCCCAAAUGGAUCAAUUAGAACGACAAUGGCACUUCUCACCUGUAUACAGGAUACACCAACAUAGCUACACUCUAACAGGCCUGGGCACCGGAGUCUUGCCUGGCCUGUGUCCAUGCUUAAACCCAGGGAUUGCAGGCAGGUCUUGGGAUUUGUGAAUUGAGUGCUGGCUGUUGUUUCCAUACUGGGAAA